GGGCUGACGCGCCCCAACCUCUUCGACCUGCGCCCUCGGCCCAAGCUCAAGCAGCAGUGGUCGAUGGACGAGACGCGCGCCGCGGCGCAGCGCGACCUGGCCGCCGCCGCCGCCAUGAAGCCCGCCGAGAAGCGGCGCCGCUUCUUCAUGCGCAAGCAGACCAACUCGGCGCCCGACUCCUUCGACGGCGUCACCGGCCACAUCCCGCCGCCCAAGCCCAAGGAGCACCACUCCGUCAGCUUCUGCUUGGGCAACGUGCGCAAAUGUCGGGGAUCCGACAGCUCCAUCCAGCCGCCCGUGCUGCCCACCAUCAGUGUCUUUGGACUGGGAGUAGAUGUGGGAUUUAAUAUUCAGCAGUUUGAUACUAUUGCAAUUACGUAUGUCGUUGCGUUUCAUGGAAACAGUUCAUCAAAUUACUUUCGUGAAGAUUACGAUGUUUCUUAUAUGUGA